AUGAGCAAUGAGAUGAAAGAUUUGAAGAAGCAGCAACGACAGGUCCAGAACACAUUCGACGCUGUGCAGCAGUUUAUACGGAAGUUUAAACCAGAGAAGCAUCAGUUGCAAAUCCAAGUUAGACUGGAAAUGUUGGAGUCAGCCAUGAAGAAAUUCUACGCCGUGAGAAGAAAAUUGGAGAUACUUUCGGAAGAAGCGGAUGAGAAAGAAUCAAUCGACACCAAAGAGAGUUCUGAAGAUCGUGUUACAAGGAUGGAAUCGCUUGCUGAGAAGCGAGAAGAAGAAAGUGCCCAACUAUCUCGACAGGCUGAAGAUUCAUACUGUGAGAUGAAAUCAACCCUACAGAGUCUACAGUCCGAUUUACAAACGUCAUCAUCCUCCUCUUCGAAGAUACAACCGUCGGAUCAAUCGUGUGUGCAAUCACGUGUCAAACUUCCAGAAAUACGACUGCCAAGCUUUGGAGGCAAGACACGAGAUUGGGUUACAUUCCGAGAUAUGUUUAGAAGCCUCAUCCAUCGGAACGAACAGCUUACCGAAAUGGAUAAGUUCACGUAUCUUCGGUCAUCCCUCACAGGUGAAGCGCUCCAAGAGGUAAAUUCCAUAGAAAUUUCAGCGGUCAAUUAUACAGUUGCGUGGGAAGUGUUGCAAACCCGGUACGAAAACAAGAAGCUUUUCGUCAAGGCUCACCUAGAUGCACUAUUUGCAGAGGAACCAAUGAAGAGGGAGAAUUACGAAGCAUUGAAUCAUCUUCUCAGCGAAUACGAUCGAAACUUACAAAUGCUGGAAAAGAUUGGUGAAGCUCCAUCUAACUGGAGUACAAUUUUAGUGUACAUGGUAUGCUCUAGACUCGAUCCUGUAACUCUCCGCCACUGGGAAUCGCAUCACAGCUCAAAGGAUGUGCCCAGAAUUGACGGCUUUCCUCCGUGCACAUUGUUCAGUACUACAAUCCAUAACACCCGCUAA